UGCGAUAGGCCGUUGGGCCGAUGAUUUCCGCAGGAGUAGAAGGACGAUUGGCCUACAUGACCUAUUCGGAACCCUGGAGCCGGAACCCUCCCAAACAUCAGCCAGAGGUGUUUCUCAGGCCAGCGCCCAAGUUACUGCCUCCAGCAGCCAGAUGUACAGAGGAACAACCGUUACCAUUGUUUCUUCCUUACAGAAGCUAUAAUGGCGUCAGCGCAGGCGGUGGUACCCUCGCCGCAGCAGGAAACGGCGGAGUACCUGUCACCGCCACUUUCCCCAACGGCACACGCAUCGCUCCGUCACGUCCCAUCGGCAAGUACCCAUCCCCGCCGCCCACAGCGCUGCCAGUCAACCUCGCCCAGCCCAAGGAAGAGCGCGAGGACCCCCUGUCACCCUAUUCUCCUUAUAGGAUCUUUCCACAUAGUCCCCAAUACAGUCCGUUUCCUUAUCCAGCAUUGUGUCAGCAACCGCCGUAUAUGUUACGAACGCCGUCCUUUCCACCGACGCCGGUCAGUCCGCAGGAGACGUUUUCGCCGGGUACGCCGACGGCUAGCAGUACCAGCAACACGUUCAUGUCACCCCCGGCAACUUUCAGUCCUCCCUCGACGAUAGUGAAGCAUCACAGUCCGCUGGUUAGGGAGAAACGAACGCCACCCACCCCGCAGAGUCCCAGCUUCAAAGUGCCGUCGGGAAAGGAAGGUUCGAUGAAGCACCGGCUUCUGACCAGACCCGAGGACGCGAUCGCGCGAAAUGGUCCGCUGGACCUCCAAAAACCUCCGGCGGAAGGUCGGAAACGGUUGGGGGCGACCAUGUCGCCGCCGAGGUCGCCCAAGCGAGCGCUCAACAACAACGCGGCGCCGGGGAACUUCCAGAAGGGUCAGAUGAUCCAGCUGGCCAAUGGCGAGUUUAAGCGGAUCGAGGAGAUGCGCACGGAGGACUUUAUCCAGUCGGCGGAGAAGAGUCCGGCGCUGCGAUUGGCCGAGAGCACGGUGCUGAAGAUCGAGGAGGGCAGGGAGGGUCACGUGACCGUCACGUUGGCGUACAAUCAGCGGAGGGCGCAGGUGGAAGUGGAUUCUACACCGGAGCAUCCGUACUUUGUAAUGGGCCAUGGUUGGGCCAGUUUUAAUCCCGAUAGGACCCUUCAAUGUUACGGACUUAAGGUGCAUCGGUUGCAAGUGGGCGACGUGCUAGUCUCCCUAACACCCCGCGACACACCACCAACACCCAACUCCACGUCCGCCUCCUCGCGAGGCACCACCAUAAUGACCACCGCCACCACAACCACCAUGUCCGCCAGACCGUACCCAGUCGUCAACCACAACAACACGCCGACCAGCAACAGCGUCAGCACCAUCAACCACGGCGGCAACCUCUUCAGUCCUCCAUCCUCGUCGCUGGCGAUAAGCCUGUCGUCCAAUCACCACAGGCCCUUGUCCCAUUCUCCGCCCAAGCCUGUCAGGUCGCCCGAGUACAUCCUGUCGACCCCUGUGGGGCAGGCGUUGCACUUUUACAACUCUGCCAUCGCCACAGAUGCGAAAGGAUUGCCGCAAACUGUGCCGCUGCAGCUGGACGCGGAGAGCAGGAAGAGGAGAUGGAGCGCUCCCGAUGCGAUUGAGGAGGAGGAGAUGGCGCAAAGGAGCCGGAUGAGUGUUUUUGACGGGAGUAUUAAGAAGGAGUGAUAUUAGCGAUAUCGAUACGGUUUGAAAUGCCAGGCAGGGAGGAGGGUUUGAAUUGUGUUUUGGGACCUACCGCGCUGUGUAUGUUCCGUUUUUCUGAGUGAAAAAUUGGAUAUAUAAAGGUGCGGUAUAUAACUCCCUGUAGAGUGUUUCGAUUGGGCUUUUAUUGAUGAGAGUAGUCAAUAUAUACCUGUUUAAUCACAUUGCAAACUAUCAAGCACCUAACAAUCAAUUAUACGAAUAUGUAGCUAAACUUAUUUAUAUGUCAGAAAUGGCCAAAACAUCAUCAUUUUCAGCUUUAUUCAACCAUUUCCAUUUAUGGUGUAGCCUUGUUUGAUCCCUCACUCGGAGGCCUUAGGCCCAUUGCUAUAGCCCUGUAUUGUUGUACCAAACCUUCCUCUCAUUCUUUCUUUGCGUUAAAGCACUUCCAGCUAUUUGCAAAGUUCCCGACGUCUUUGAUGUUGGCUUGUGCUACUUCCUCUAGUCCCUCCAAAAAACCUUGCCCUAAAGUUUUAAAGCGUCGGUAUUCCAGUGCCGAACAGUGGCACAGCAGGUGGUAUCCCUCACAUAUUUAGAUACUGUCUUUGUAGUUAGACCCAUUGUUCUCUAUUGUUGGCUAUGCGGGCCCAAGUUAUCCCUGCUAAUUUCCUGAUAUCAUAAUCCCAUCUCAGGUUUGGUCUUCUUCUAGGUCUCUUAAUUCCUCGAGGGUAUUUUUGUGGUCCAUCUGUUUUGCGUCUUUCUGGACAAGUGUCCUGCUCAUUGCCACUUGAGGGAUUUGAUUCUGCGGAUGACAUCUAUUACCUGGGUUUUUUGUCGUAUUCACUAUAUUCUUUUACGAUCUCUCUUGGUUAUUCCCAGCAUAUUUCGUUCUAUUGAGCGUUGUGCGACCUGCAGUUUCCUUAUGAUGUCCGUUUUAAGUGUCUAGGUUUCACAUGCAUCGGUCAUGACUGGUAUUACACAUUGGUCGAAUGUUUUCUUCUUUAGAUAUAGUGGCAUUCUAGAUUUUAAUAUGAUUGAGUUUCUUCCACAAGUAUUCCAUGCUAACUUAAUUCUUCUGUUGGUUUCUGGUAGUACGGAUCCUGAGCUAUGUUUUAGUUGUCCCAAAUCAAUGUCACUUUGCAAAAUGCUUAAUCAAAAUUAGGCAUAUUAAACAAUGAUGAUAUUUUCUGUACACUUCUGCAAAAAGACUGCCUGUUUUCAGUCAUUUUACAAAAUGCCAAAUCGAGAAUUGAGAGCCAGGUAGAUUAAAAAACUGUCAAAGUUUAGUGAGCUAUGAGCAUAAGCAUAUUGAAUAAUUUACGCUUUAAUAAUAAUAUCCCAUAUUUUUCUAUAUAAAAACAAUAAUUAUUUAUGUCAAAAUUUUAUUAUGUUUGAAAACAACUUGAAUCCUAUUUCUUAAAUUUUAAUUAUAAAUAACAUAAUUUUAAAAAAUGUCUAUACCUAUGUGGCGGAUUC